GAAAAGGCUGGGGGAGGGGAACAGGAAGAAGAUGACUCUGACUUCUGCUUCCCCAACCUGCAGAGGCAAGGCCUUCCUCUGAGAGGGUUCUCGGGAAACAAGCUGACCAGGAAAACAGGCGUCCUGACCAAGCUAAACAAGAGAACAGGAACACAGUUUCUGCUUUGUCAGUUCUUCUGACUACAGUCCUGACUGUUGUCUUUGACUCCUGCUAUCAUGCCUAGGAGCAACAAGAGUAAAGGCCACUCUCAAGGCAAAGGUCAUCAUGCAUGUGGGGCUAGCCAACGUCCCAAGGGUGCUCAACCAACGGUAGUGAAAGAAUCAGCAUCUUCUCCUGGUGGCCAAGUUAAUUCCCCAAGCUCUUCUAAGGUAUGCAGUCCUCAGGGUGCUGCGUUUCCUGCCUUUCCUGUGGCAGGUGUAUUCUGCACAGACUCUGAUCUAGAUGAUGGGGCUUCUGAUGUCCAUGUUGUUGGAGGACGUCCACGUGCCUUCACUCAGCCGAUAUGCAUGGAUGCUCUUACCAAAAAGGCUAGUAUGUUGGUAGAGUUCCUGCUGGAGAAGUUUCAGAAGAGUGAGCAGUUUACAGAUGCUGAUAUGCUGAAAGUGGUCAGCAAGAAAUACAAAACACAGUUUUCUGACAUCCUCAGGAAAUCUUCCUCCCGCAUGGAAAUGAUGUUUGCAAUGAGAUUGAAGAAAAUCAAUCCAGAUAGUCAGUCCUACACCAUUGUCAGCAAGCUAGGUCUCUCCACUGAUGAAAUUCUAAGUGGCAAGAGGGGGUUGCCAAAGAUGGGUCUCCUUAUGACCAUCUUGGGUCUGAUAUUCACAAAAGGCCAUCGUGCCACUGAGGAAGAAAUCUGGGAAUUCCUGAGUGUGUUAGGAGUAUAUGCAGGGAGGAAGCACUUGAUCUUUGGGGAGCCCCGAAAACUCAUCACCAAAGAUCUGGUUGAGCAAAAUUACCUUGAGAUCCGCAAGAUGUCUGGGGGUAAAUCCCCAAGAUAUGAUUUCCUCUGGGGUUCCCGGUCCCAUGUAGAAACCAGCAAAAUGAAAGUACUAGAAGUUUGGGCUAGGAUCAAUGACACCGUUCCUAGCUUCUUCCCUACUUCAUAUGAAGAAGCUCUUAAAGAUCAAAUGGAGAGAGAAGAGCAGACAUCUCCAGCCUUGGACAUGGCCAAUGUUUAUCCCAGGUGCAUAUGCCGCAGCUCCUCUCACACAUAGCUUCAACCAAGGUUGAGUUUUCAUUUCCUGUUUGAAAAGAAGUCAGCCUUCUAUGUAGUGGUGGGUUUAUAGGUCACAAGAAUAAAGCAUAUAUUUUCUUGUUUUCUGUCAUACGAUGAGUAAAUGAUAUGUAUAAUUGCUUUGAUGAAUUGCAAAUGUUCCAUUAAUGGAAAGUUAAUUUGUUUCACAAUCUUUGUUUCUUGAUAUUAUGCUUGACACAUUUAUUGUUGCAUUUCAAUUUUACAACUAAAGAGUUCUGUUACUUUAAAAACCAAGUGAAAAUUUUCCACAAAUUUCUUUGUAUUGUUGCAUAAGGUAACAUAAAAUUGUAAAAGUGCU